GAAAACUCUAAUUUGCAAUUUAGCAGUAGAGACAAGAUCAUUUUAUGGUAUGCCCUAUAUAUUUUUUUUAAUCGAGAUCACUUCAUGUUUAAUAAAUAGUUUCAUUUUGCAGAGCAGUAGCUUAAGCUUAUGAAAUUGUUGCUCCAUGAUUUUGGUGUAAGCGCACAACUCAAGAUUUAAUACGUAUAUAUAAAAAGCAUAAUUUUCUCUGCAGAAAAUAUAAUCUACUGAUGACGAGUGUUAAAUUAACCACUCUUAAUUUAGUGUAUAUAGCUCCACCCACUGAUUAAAAGAUGGAGUUGUGCACACAAACCGUUGGGGCUGAUAAGUUUAUAAUUACACGUCACUCUAGUAAUCAUCAUCCUACCAUUUAGGGAGACCAUUUUCUAGCUUAUGCUGAUCUACCGGUAUUUAAAUGAAUAUUUUUAUGCAGUCAAUAUGCAUAUUGAACAAAUUCAUAUGAGUAGCAUUACAUUCCCAAAUAGGAAGCAAAUGAGGGGGAAGAGAAACAGCAUGAAGACGUAAAAGAAGAAGUGAGAAAGAUGCUAGUGAUGGCUCCUUCAAAAUCCUUGCAAAAGCUUGAUCUCAUCAACACAAUCCAACGUCUUGGUGUAGCAUAUCAUUUUGAACAUGAGAUUGAGGAAUCAUUGAGUUAUAUGUACACUUGUUAUGAAGAAUGGAUUGGUGAAGUUGAUGGCAAUGACCUUCAUGCUAUUGCACUAUGUUUUCGAUUACUUAGGCAACAAGGUUAUUAUGUCUCAUGUGAUGCUUUUAGGAAGUUCACUGAUGACCAAGGAAAUUUCAAGAAAGAAUUGGUUAACGACGUGCAUGGAAUGAUGAGUUUAUAUGAGGCAGCACAAUUUAGAGUACAUGGCGAAGAAAUUAUGGAUGAAGCACUAAAUUUCACCAUCACGCAAUUGAAACUAAUUUUGCCUAAAUUGAGCAACUCCCAGCUUGCAGAACAAGUCAGUAACGCACUAAAAUUUUGAAUUAAAGAUGGUAUGGUGAGAGUGGAUUUAUUUGAUUAAUUUAUUAAUUAUG